AUGUCAAAAUCCGACUCGGGACAAUCCUACCCUUUCUGCCGUGAACGUUUCAUGGCCGCCUGGGUGCACGCUGCCGGCGGCUGGGUUCUCGGGGCGCUCUCCGAGCGCUGGACCGGGGCUGGCCGCAGCGGGGUCGCCGAGGUCUCCUGCCGCUGCGUGUUCGAGGGCUCGGACACGACCGACGGCCUGGUGGCCAUCCUCCGGGAGCAGCUGGCACGCUGCGGCCCGGAGCACCUGCAGGGGGUCGCGUGCCAGCCCUGCCCUCCGUGCCCGCUUCCGCCUGGGCACUACACGGGGCUCGACCUCUGCGGCGCGGCCGUGGUGGGCGUGGCCCUUGGCGCUGGGCUGGCGACAGCGGCCUGGCUGGCGGCUGGAGCGCCGGGUCGGCCGGCGGUGCGAGCGCGGGCCCUCGCCGUCGAGGACGACGCCGUCGGCACGCACGUCGCGACGCCGUCGGCUCUCGGGCGAGCACGGCAUGCUGGGAACAUCUACGCCUUCGACGACGUGGCGGCGGAGGACAUGCAGGGCUACCUCGAGGAGGCCAGGGCCCUUGGCACGAUCCUCGGCUUCGACCUCGCCGGCGUCGUGGGCCUCCCGGGCGACAAGUGGUACGUGAGCGACCCCACCUCGUCGCACUUCGGCGAGGAGGUGCCGCCCCAGGUGCUCGCCAACGAGGAGGUCCUGGUGCGGCGUGGGGAUGUGGGGCUUGUCCGGCUCGACGACGUCUGGGUCCACGCGAUCAAGGUGAGCGAGGGCCAGAACUUCGACACGUACCUCGCGAGAGCUCGCGGGGGAGCUGGCCGGGAUCCGCGUGUCGUCGGCGACGAGAGGGACCAGGACGGGGGCAGGUACAUCGACUUCCGCGACUCGGUCCGCCGCAUGAAGGAGACGACGAUCCCGGGCUGGCCUCUGCAGGGCCGCCGAGCCACGAGGGAGGCUGUGCUCUCCCUUCGCGACGGAGGUCAGGGCAACUGGGAGGAGCACCACACCACGUGGCUCCGACGCAGCGGAGUGGCCGAGCGCGGCAACGUGGCCCGCGAGCACCACAUGAUCUGCGUGUCUCUUCGCAUGAUGCAGCAGUUCGAUCAGCUGGACCUGUUCAACAUCGCGGGCGCCGAGUACCUCGUCAGGCGGCUCAAGCAGCUGGAGUCGGCGACCCGCAAGAACCCUCGGGCUCCCGACUUCGAGGGGCUCGACCUCAUCCUCGACACGGGGGUCGACGACACGGGCGGCAUGGUGCUGCCGGAGUUCGAUGGAUGGGUUGGCGAUCAGGCGCGCGCCCGCGCCCAGACUAUGAAGGCGAAUCGGCAGUGGCAGGAGGAGAGGACGGCCGCGCAGCCCAAGGCGCCCCCGAAGGGGCCCAAGGGCGGCGGGGCCGACGCUGGCAACGGGCGCUCCAGCGACGCUCUCGUGAACACCGUGUUCGUGAGGCAGUUCGCUCGAUCAACUGUCUCGCCGCCUGCGCGGUGCGCCAUCGUGGCCGCGGGCCAGGAGCUCCUCAAGUCCGACUCGCUCUACGGAGGCGCGCCGUCCAAGGUCGUCCCGUACGAGGAGUCCAAGCUCAAGUUCUGGCAGUCCUCGGUCACGCCUCGAGACGUGGAGGAGGUCUGCCCCAAGUUCGUCGUCGACGCCUUCCGCGACCCCGACGCCUACAUCCGCAAGCCGGACCGCGUGGUGGAGCAGGACCUCGAGCUCCUGCCGCCGAUCAAGCCGUACUGGGACGCGCGGCUUGCCAGCGACGCCCGCCUUCGGCGGGACUUCCUCCUCAGGCUCGCGGGGCGGGGGCUGGUCGGCUUUCGGAGGCGGAUCAGGUCACGCGUGGGGUGUUUCUUCGUCGAGAAGAAGGGCGGCUGGAUCCGCCUGGUCGUCGACGCUCGCGACACCAACCGCACCCACUGGGCGCCCCCGCGUGCCGCCCUCGGGACCCCGGCUGCCCUCAGCGAGCAGGACUGGUCCGAUGCUGCGCUCGCGGACGCCGGAUGGGUUAGUGCUGACGGCUCGCCUGCUCAGAUCUUCGGGUCGUCCCUCGACCUCCAGGACUCGUUCUACCAGUUCUUCUCGGAGCGCGUCGCGGAGGAUUUCGGGAUGGACUUUCCUGAGCGGGCGUCCUACUACCAGGUCUCGCACAUCUGGACGCCCGACGGCCUGUCCCCUGUCGACCCCGACGAGCUCGUGUUCCCGGUGUUCCGCGGGGUGCCGAUGGGGUGGUCAUGGGCACUCUGGGCCGUGCACUCGUCCGUCACGUCCUGGGUCUCGGACACGCUGCCGGGGGGUGCCCGACGCCUGCUGCUUGACAAGCAGCCGGCUCCCGUCGCGGCACCCUUCCGCCCCACAGGGUCGGUCUACGUGGACAACGUCUCGUUCCUGGGCCUCUCGAGCGACGACGUCGGGCACGCGCUGCAGGCCGCGAAGGACAAGCUCGACUCGCUCGGCAUCGCGCACCACGAGGUCGAGGGCCCGGCCACGCACUUCACCACCGUCGGCGUCGAGUACGACGGGAGGCGGAGGCGUCUGCGGCAUUCAGAUCACCGAGCCUGGCGCCUCUAUUUGGCCUGUCAGGAGCUCGAGCGCCCUGGGGUUCCGCGCGCGGCCUGGCAGAUCCGAGUGUUCCUCGGGCAUUGUGUGCAGCACUGCCUGCUGCUGCGGCCGGCCCUCUCGAUCUUCCGCCUGCUCUACCGCAUCGUGGACGCGCAGGGUCAGGGGCCUCCAGUCGCACUGUCUGCUGGGGCCCGCCGGGAGAUCCAGCUCUUCAGGGGCCUCAUCUUCCAGGCCGUCGUCUUCUUGGACCGGCCGAUGUCCUCCCUGGUUUUGUGCUCCGACUCGUCCGAGUCAGGCUACGCCCUUCAUCGCCGACGCGCUGACGUACGACUCCUUCGGCAGCUGGCUGCUACCCGGGAGAGGUGGAGGUUCGUCCCCGACGAGAAGCGGCCCGACGCGGCGCUCGACGACACCUUCUCCCCGGGCUGGGUGCCUGGCGCUGGAGGGGUGCUGGGAGAGCCGCCCGGCGCUGCAGGCGUGGCCGUCUGGGCCCCGCCGCCGACGCGCUCGAGGGAGGGCGCCCGAGGCGUGCUCAAGGGGCGGCUCAGACCCACUGUGCGACCUGCUGGCGUCUCCGUGCCCGACAGCCUCGUCGAUCCCAGGGACUGGUCUCUCAUCGUCGAGGGCGCCUGGCGCCGCGCGGCCCCCAUCCACCUGCUGGAGGGCCGCAUCGCCCUGGGCGGCCUGCGGCACGCCGCCCGGCAGGUCGACUGCCACGGCUCCCGGGUGCUCAGCCUGGGCGACAACAUGUCGGAGCUCCUCUCCGUCGAGAAGGGGCGGGCCGUGGACCACGGCCUCGCUUGUCUGUGCCGGAGGGCCGCCGCCUACCAGAUCGCCUGCGGGAUCUCCUGGCGGCGCCGGCACCUCGACACGGACCGCAACCUCAGUGACGCGGGGUCGAGGAAGGCGCUGCAGGGCGUCUACCGCCCAGGACAGCGGCGGGUUGGCGGCAGGUCGGAGAGGCCCGCUCUGCCCGCUGGGUGCCGGCAGUCGGCGCCCCCGGCGCCGGCCCCGCCGGCGCCCUCGGCGACCGCCAGCUGGCCUGUCGCCGAGGAGCUCGGUCUGGCUGUCGCGGCUCCGAUCGACAUCAAGUUCGGGGGUUGGGGCGACCUGCUUCGGCCCAGCAUCGAGACCGUCGUUCGCCAGUGGAUCGUCUCUCGCAAGGUCUGGUUCGUGCACUUCGGGACUCCGUGCACUCCGUGGUGGUCCCUCGAGAACCCCCGGGGAUCCCGGCUCUUCUCUUGGGAGCCUCUCCAGAAGUUCCUGUCCGAGCAUAGCAAGGUCUCCGUGGUGUAUGACUGCUGUCAGUUUGGAGCCCCGUACCAGAAGCCCACCAGGAUUGAGUCUGACCUCCCCGAGCUCGGCAUCCUUGAAAGGCGUUGUCUUGGAGGUCAUGCCCACGAGCAUCUUCAGGGGAAGGUCAGGGUCCGUGAUCGCCAGGGUCGGCUCAAGCAGUUCUGGCGCACGACCCUGGCUGGCGCCUACCCUCCUGGUGUCUGCCACAGCGCCGCUCGGGCCUUGGCGCGCGCGGCGCCCGCGGGAGCCUGGCGACCAGAUGGGGAUCCACUGCUGCCCGGUCACUGGGAGACUCAGCUCCGCCGCGCAGCCAAGAUGGACGACGGCCAGCCGUCCCUCGAGUGCCCCAGCUGCCCGCGGAAGUGGGUCGCGCUCUGGCCGCCCGACGCCGAGGGCUGGGGCCGCUUCGUGCCUGCUGACUCCUCGCCGGGCUUCCUGCGGCGCUCGCAGGUGCGGCCGGCCACUCAGGCCCGCUACCUCGCCAGUGUCGUCGUGUUCGCCACGGCCAUGGGCGUUGUCGCCGACCGCUGGGUGAGCAAAGACCUCCCCCUGGUGGACACGCUUCUCGAGGAGUACUUCGAGCAGCUCUACGUCGACGGCGGCAGCAAGAGCACGGCCCGCUACACCUUGGCCGCCUUGGCCUACCGAUUCAGCGUGUCGCUUCGUGCCCCAGACGUCUUCCCGAAGGCGAAGGGCGCCCUCUCCGGCUGGGGCAAGCUCGAGCCGGACGUCACCUCGGAGCCGCUCUGCUGGGCGGCUGCGUGCUUGAUGGCCCUGUACCUGGCCGGCCUCAACACGGAGAUUGCCCUGCAGGCCGCCCGCGGCCUGGUGGUACAGUUUGACACGUACUUGCGCCCUGGAGAGCUGCUGGACCUUCGCGUGCCCUGCUGCAUCCUGCCGCAGCCGAGUGCCGGCUCAGGCUACAACAAGAUGGGGCUCGUCGUCGGUGCCUCCGCGCUGGUCAUGGGCGACGACGUGCACACUCGCGUGACCAAGACUGGCCUCCAGGACGACACCGUGCUCAUCGAUGGCCGGUCUCGCGCUGGCGUGGCCGGCGCUCUCAUGGCCCUCGUCAAGAGCGCCAACCAAGCCCGCCACGGGCGCCUCAUGUUCCUCCACUCGUACGCUUCGUACAACCGCUUGCUCAAGAAGGCCGCCGUCGCCGUCGGCCUCCCGACCAAGGUGACGGCCCACCUCCCUCGGCACGGCGGUCCGUCGGAGGACUACCUGAGGGGCGCCCGCUCGCUGGCCGACAUUCAGUCUCGCGGCAGGCCGUGCAGACGUCCCGCCCCCUGCGCCAGCGACAUGAUCAGAGCGGUGUUGGCCCAGAACGUGGGCGCGGCCGCUGCAGCCGUCGUGAGGAACCCUGGCAAAGGCAAGCUGAUCGACCAAUUCGACUUCCGCAAGCUAGAGGCGGACAUGGAGGUGGCAUUGAAGAAGCAGCGGCUGGUCGAGGCGCAGGACAUUGAGGCCCCGGUCGAGCCAGACGUGGGCGACGAGGUGCAGGACGACGCGCAGGAGGAGCCGAAGGCGGCCGGGGUGAAGCAGCGCAUCGACGGCCUCCUCGAGGAGAACGGCGUCGUGGUCUUCUCGAAGACGUGGUGCCCCUACUGCACGAAGGCCAAGGCGCUUUUGCAGGCGGAGGGCGUGCGCUUCGCGUCCGUGGAGCUGGACCUGAUGCCGCAGGACGAGGCGGACGAGAUGCAGACGACGCUCGGGCAGAUGACGGGCGCGCGCACGGUGCCUCGCAUCUUCUCGAGGGGCGAGUGCUUGGGCGGAUGCGACGACAUCGUCGCCCUGCAGCGGAGCGGGCGGCUGGCGGGCAAGCUGCCUGCCGGCACCACGGCGGCGCAGCCUCCUCACGCUGAGGCAGAGUCUGGCGAGGAGGAGGCCCAGGCCACGGCGCGCCGGCGGUUCCAAGAGGAGCUCGCGGCUGCCUCGAAGGAGUGA